AACUUAGGUAACUGCGUAACAGAAAUUUUCAAAUGAACCUAAUCAUUUUGAUCAUGAGACUGAUGCAAUCCUAAAAUUAGUAAAAAUAGUGAAAUUUCGAAUUAAAUUUUUUUAAAUUUUUGUCCCAAUUCCGAGUAUUUCUAUUAAAAAUGAUGAAAUAUGUUUUUUUCGUUUGCUUCCUAGCCACAAUUCUUGCUUGCGUUUCAGGCCAUAAAAAAGUCCUUUUGAAAGACGUCCAAGUUGUGACACUACGUAACAAGGAGUACACAACUGGCAGAAGAAAUAAGCCCAUUCCUCAGCUACACUGCUUAGGAGGAUUUUCAGGCUGUGAGACGGUGACUCUUGAUACAGUCCAAUGCUAUAACAGAGGAUUUGAUGGCAAUGACUAUAAUUGGGAAUGCAAGGCAGACAUGCCUAAGCAUUUUAAGUUUGGCAAAAUGGAGGUCACAUGUGAAGGUUAUGAUUACCCCGAUGAUCCUUACAUUCUUGCUGGGUCCUGUGGGCUACGUUAUGAGUUGAUUGAUUUGAGUGACAAGAGUGGUCUAUUUUCACCCCCACCCGAUGCUUACGAGAAAAAAUAUUCUUCCCCAACCAGUGACUACAAGAACAGGCAUUACACCGAAAAAACGAAAGCAAAAGAUUCCUCUUCAGAAACAUCACCACUUUUCAUUUUUUGUAUUUUUGUCGGAAUCAUUGUGGUUGUUCUGUGGUACUCGAAAUCCAGACAACAAGCGCCAACUUCACAGGCGUCGGACCCCCCUGCACCCCCUCCUUACGGCUUCAGGGCUUCUCCACCCCCAUAUGAUGAUCACGUGGGCAGCCAACAACCACCCCCACCUGGAUUUAAUACCGGUUUCUCUCCUCCACCGUUCCAAUCGCCACCUUCUUACGGGUUCAAAACGAACGCGGGUAAUCAGCAGCAACAGCAGCAGCAACAACAACAGCCGCGACAACAAUCAAGCCGAAUUGGAGGAUUCUGGACAGGAGCAAGUCUCGGAGGUCUGGCUGGUUAUUUGUUUGGUUCGAGGAGGAACAGUAAUAACUACGGAGGACGUGAUUAUUACGAUUCUGGAUCGUCAUAUUUUGGAGGAUCCAGGUACAGAAAUGUCGGAAGCAGAGGUGAUGGAUGGUUUGGCAGUGGUAGUAGCGGCUGGGGUUCAGCGGCUGGUAGCACCACUACUACUACUACAUCAAGUGCUCCUAACACUGAAACAAGAUCUGGUUUUGCUGAAACUAAGAGAAGAUAGAAGACAUCACAGUGUAUUGAAAAAUCUGCUAAGCCUCUAUCUCGUUUCUUAAAUGUUUAUUUUGUUGAGAUUUAUUUAAAAUUAAUUGAUCAUAAAUUUAUUGUUUGUUUGUUUUAUGUAGUGUUUAAUUUUUACGUUUUAGUUUCAUAAGGUUUUAUACAUUUGAUUCUAAUUUAAUUUUUAUUCAUUAUUUAAUCUAAUUUAUUUUUACGAAGCUUGUAAGUGGUUUUGUCUCGUUGUUUUAUUGUUAAUAAAAGUUGAAGAGGAUGUC